GUGCUGUACUCAGGUUGCUUUGUGAAUCAAAACAGCAUGCUCAGUGUUUCUACCAUAACAGUUAUAUUUUAUGUUUAUGCCUUAGUCAGUUGAACUGUAACUUGACUAAUGGAAGCGAUAUUUCACGCUCCGAAACGCAGGCCAAAGGUUUAUGAAUCUUUUGAAGCCCCACUUCCUGUUCUGUUUUGCAAAGACUCUACACCAGAACAGCAGAUAAAAAUAUACAAAGCUGAACUCGUACAGCAGCAUGUCAUAGUCAGAGAAAGCGAGCAUAUUCAGGCUCUUUAUGAAAAGGGUUAUUUUGGUAAAGGAGUUCUGUCCAAAAGCCGACCACAGCACAGUAUUUCUGAACGCUGGGAAUAUGUAGGUGACAAAUGUUUACCCGUCAUCCCCUUUGCUAAAUACGAGCAGCAUGUGAGGUGGGCCCGCUCUGCUCUCCUGGCUCAGGGACUGGAUGAAGAAGCUGUCAGUCAGGUCCUGUACGAGCUGACCCAUCCUCUCGAGCUAGAAAAAGAACACAACGUCUCUGAAGAAUAUCGGGAUUUGUUAGAGAGUCCGAUGCCAUCUCAAGAUCAGAACCAGGAGAUGGAAGAUGUUGCAGCUGCAGAAAGUGGAGAGGAAGAAGGAUUGCCAGAGGCUAAAAGACCUCGUAGACAAGGGGAUUCACGCUAUGAUCCUCUAGCUGAAAUAUAUCCUGAAGAACCUGACCAAGUCGAUCCAAACGUGCUCGCCAAGAUCAAAUGCGGACGGCAUGAUGACUGGAUCGUUCAUUGUGGGUGUCGAAUAGAUGCGAGUGAAAUGAUGAGUGGUGGGUCAGCGUCAGAUACGAAGGCUUGUGCUCUGUCUGUAGCUCAUGGUUAUGUUUUGGUGGAGGAGCCUGAAGAAGAACCUGAAGACGGAGAGACUUAUGAGGAGGACAUCAAAAGUAGCAGAAAAGGCAAAUUGGUGUGCAGAAUCAAUCCGUUUAACAUGAUGGAGUAUCUACAGCUCAGUUAUGAAGAGGCUUUCUUCCUGGUUUAUGCCCUCGGGUGCUUGUCAGUUUUCCAUGAUGGGGAAGCCUUGUCAGUCCUUCAGCUCUGGAGAGUGUUUUGUUCAGCACAGCCCAACUUUGAGAUAACAUACGCAGCCUAUCACCACUUCCGUAGUAAAGGAUGGGUGCCCAAGUCAGGCAUUAAAUACGGCACUGAUUUAAUGCUGUAUCGGAAGGGACCACCAUUUUAUCAUGCAAGCUACUCCGUGGUGGUGGAAAGAGAAAACGAGUUGCUCCAAGGUCCUGCUCUGAGGCCUUUUACCUGGAGAGCUUUAGCUGCUCUCUGCCGAACCACUGCUAACGUCUCAAAAGAGCUGAUGUUUUGCUACGUCAUCGUGCCGUCGGAUCUGACCAAGCAGGACAUCUUCUCACCCGAGUGCCUGAGAAGGCUGAAAGUUCAGGAGAUUAUUGUGAGCCGAUGGAUAUCAUCACGAGAACGAGCAGAUCAGGAGGAAAUCUAGAAAUGAUUGUGCUCUUGAGUAACAUUCGGUAAUAAUGGGACUAAUAAAAAUUCUUUGCACUUUCUGUAA